CUCUGCUCAUCGUAGACAUCGCGAUCGCCAUACUUGACCUUGUAGAGCUCCCUGUCUUCUCUGGUUGAAGUGUUUUGCCAUCUCUCUCUCUCUCUCUCGCUUCUCUCUCUGUGUGUAUAUAUAUGCUGUAUUGGUGACGUUGCAGCAGCGGUUCUUGGGUGCAUGGCCUACUCUCGAUCUUGUGAUCAGUGCAGUCACGGAUAAAUUUGAGGGCAACCAGGACUGACUGACCCUGACUGCGCCUGCGUGCCCUGUCAAUCGGAGGUAGAAUUGAAAAAAAAAGAGGAAGAUAACACUGUGAUUAGCACGGUGUAGAGGGUCACAUGUUAGCAGCCCAAGCAAUCUCGUGUGGUGUUUUGUCCCUGUGUUUCUUGAUCAUGUUCAAUGCAGAGAGAAGAUCCAGCUUCAUGAAGUGGCUCUGCGCUUUCCUGAAGGGGCCGAAGGACGGCGAGCCCAACCGACGGCGCCCUCGGGUGACGGCAGGAGAAGAGACCACUCUCUGGGAAGAACCAGUUAGACCAAAGAAGGAAGAUCCACCUAGACAAAACAAUGAAGCAAUGGAUCAUGCACUUGCACUGGCUCUUGCCGAGGAUGCCAAGAACACAAAAGAGAAAAACCAUGACAAGGGAGCGAACGAUGAAGAACUUGCUAGAGCAAUACAGGACAGUCUGAAUAUGAAUCCUUGCCAGCCUUACAAUCCUUAUGCAACCUCUCAGGCCAGGGCGAGAGGAUACAGGGUCUGUGGGGGUUGCAAGCAUGAGAUAGGACAUGGCCAUUACUUGAGCUGCAUGGGAAUGUACUGGCAUCCUCAGUGCUUCCGUUGUUCUUCCUGUCACCACCCUAUCCGUGAGACGGAGUUCACCUUGCUAGGUGCAGAUCCAUACCACAAGCUGUGCUACAAGGAGCUGCAUCACCCAAAGUGUGAUGUCUGCCUUCAAUUUAUUCCAACCAACAGGACUGGCCUGAUAGAGUACAGAGCCCAUCCAUUUUGGGGACAGAAGUAUUGUCCUUUACAUGAGCAUGAUAGAACACCUCGUUGCUGUAGCUGUGAGAAAAUGGAGCCAAGGAACACAAAGUAUAUGCCGUUAGGGGAUGGACGCAGUUUGUGCAUGGAAUGCCUGGAUUCUGCAGUUAUGGACACCGGUGAAUGCCAACCCCUGUACCAUUCCAUCAGAGACUACUACGAAGGGAUGAACAUGAAACUAGACCAGCAGAUACCCAUGCUCUUGGUUGAACGUCAAGCCCUUAAUGAAGCUAUGGAAGGAGAAUGCAAAGGACCGCACCAUAUGCCUGAAACAAGAGGCCUUUGUCUGUCAGAGGAGCAGACUGUGACCAGUAUACUUAGAAGGCCCAGAAUUGGUGCAAAUCGCUUACUGGAUAUGAGAACCCAACCGCAAAAGCUAACUAGGAGAUGCGAAGUCACUGCAAUUCUUGUCUUGUUUGGCCUCCCCAGGCUGCUAACGGGCUCCAUUCUUGCCCAUGAAUUGAUGCACGGGUGGUUGCGCCUCAAAGGUUACCGGAACCUAAAGGCAGAUAUCGAGGAAGGAAUAUGCCAGGUCAUGUCUUACCUGUGGCUGGAGUCAGAGAUCCUUCCUGCUACUUCAAGAUAUGGACAACCUUCAACAUCUUAUGCUUCAUCUUCGUCGUCUUCCUAUCGACCACCACCGUCCAAGAAGGGUGGAAUCUCACACACCGAGAAGAAGCUAGGAGAGUUCUUCCUGCAUCAGAUUGCCAACGACACAUCAACAGCAUACGGUGAUGGUUUCAGAGCUGCCUACGCAGCUGUGAACAAGUAUGGCCUUCGUCAAACACUGAACCAUAUACGGCUAACCGGAGGCUUUCCUGUGUGAUACAAGAAAGCACUGUCUGUCCAUGUCCAUGCUGGAUGCAGAAAUACAAAUAUCAUAUACAAUUACACACAUAGUUGUGGAGAUAAUGUGGGUUAUGCUUAUGGAGCGAUUCGGAUUUGGGUGACCUUGAGUUUUCAGAGGGGUCCUAUCAGAGUAAAUCAGUAAAGGAAUUGGAUUUGCUCAAAUUAACAGGAGCUGAGGUUGCAGUGUAAUAAGGUGGCCUAAGAAACACUAAUGUAAUACCCAUGAUAAUCUAGUGAAAUAUUCAUAUAU